CUUAACCAAGCACUUGCUUGCGUGUUUCUCCCACAACUAUCGCAUUCUGCGAUUUCUCUACAGCCUUUUGUAGCACUCGAAGCUCCGCUACUUUUCACAUCUCACCUCAGAAACCCAGAUUGAGUUUUGAGUCGCCUCAAAACUAUUCCUCAUCGAAUUCCUCGUUGCAAAUUCCUCGUCAAAAUAUUUCUGGCAGACCUACUAGGCCAGGUCUAGAAGACCUCCGCCCUCGAGUCGCCGGCCAUGGCCGGCCGCAGGUCGCUCCUUCUAGCCGCCAUUCUGUGCUUAGUCAUCCUCGCGCUCUGCGUACCCACUCCUGCGCUCGGUACAGCAACAGCGAAAGCUUCCAGCAAGAACAAGACGAAAUCCGCCGCCCGGCCCAUCGCCUCCCCACCGAAGAAACCGAAACUAGUGCGGGGAGAAUCGGCGAGUGUCACAAAUUCGGCAGCAAAAAGCGUCGCAGCGAAGUCAUCGUCAUCAUCGAUGUCGCUGAAAGCAGCUGGGAAGAAAGCUGCGGGGUCGACGAAAUCUUCGGCGAAUUCGGCGAAGUCGUCUGCGACGAAGCAAGCGAAGGCGGCGACGUCGCAAGCGAGCGCAUCGGUGAAGAAGACUGCAGCGAAAGUGACUAAACCGAAGGCCUUGCCCCCCGUUAAAAAGCCAUCAACGACUUCGACUACGUCUCAGACCAAGGCCUCAAAAUCUCCGACGAAGAAGUCCAAGACUCCGUCAAAGAAGACUCCUUCGCCGUCAAAGUCGACGACGAAGAGCCCAGCGAAAUCGCCAGCGAAAUCUCCCCCUAAGGCGAACGUUUCGCCACCCAAGAAGAGCCCUUCGCUGCCGAAAGUGAGCCCGUCGCCGCCCAAGCGAACCUCACCGACGGCAAGCCCACCAGCGAAAGAGGCGACGCCGUCUCCGUCACCGUCAAAAUCACCGUCUAAGUCUCCGUCAAAGUCUCCCUCGAAGUCGCCGUCUAAGUCGCCGGCCACCGUCGAGACCAAGAAAAAGGGGAAGCUCCUGGAAAAGCUGUUCGGGAAAAAGAAGAACACGACUACAACCUCCUCCACCACCCCUAAGCCCAAGUUCAUGGUCAACCUAGCCGACGCGCAGAAGGUCUUUAAUCUCGUGCAGGGCCUAAGCAAACAGCAGCAGUUCGUUAAGUACAUCAGCAACGCGGGGCUGUUCUCGGUGCUGCUCGAGUCUAUUACCCAAGGGAAGGGCGCGGGAGCGACGUUCCUGGUGCCGUCCCCCGACGCGCUGCAGGCGCUGCCGCCCGCGUCGCCGUACUUCAACAACCCCGCGCUGGCGCGCACGACGCUGCGGUACCACAUGAUCCUGGGCAAGAUGAUGGACUACACGCAGCUCGUCGAACGACCCGCCGACUCCGGCUUCCCCACUCUUGCCAAGGAAUCUAUGUUCAAGUCGGACGAGAGCGCAUUCUUCACGGUGGUGUUCCGGUCGGGAACGGGUCGCUCCAAGACCACUUUACUCGCGCCCAACCUCGCCAAGACGGACUUUUUCCAAGUGCACCUCGUCGACUCGCUGCUCGUGCCCGACGCCAUCCUGCAGUCCAUGCCUGAUGCCGGGAAUGGGACUGAGAGUGACAGCAGCGGGAGUGAUGGUGGUGGGAGUGAUGAUGGGAGUGGUGGUAGUGAUGGGAGUGGUGGUAGUGAUGGGAGUGGUGGUGCCAGUGGGAGUGGUGGUGCCAGUGGGAGUGGUGGUGCCAGUGGGAGUGGUGGUGCAAGUGGGAGUGGUGGGAGUGGGAGCAGCAGUGAUGGCAGCUCUACAGCCACUAGCAGUCCUGUUCCUUCUCCUCCCCCUUCUCCAGUCCUCUCUCCUCCCGUCCCCUCACCGCCACAGGACCCCUCGCCUCCUCCCCUUGUUCCUUCGCCCCCCCUUGUCCAAUCGCCUCCUUCCAUUGACCCAUCGCCCCCUCCCCCUAGCCUGUCUCCCCCUCCCCCUAGCCCAUCCCCCUCCCUCCCUGAUGCUUCCCCUCCUCCGCCUGUCUCCCUACCCCCUCCCACUGAAUCCGCCACCCCAGAAACACCCCUAUCCACUCCCUCCCCUCCUGCACCUUCUGACGAAUCAGCAUCAUCCACGUCACCACCACCACCUUAGGUUACUGAACAGCAGAGACCCUCUGAGCAUACCUGGAUAUACUUAUCCUCUGUCCACAUAAUACUUGGCAGCUGCAACAUCCAUGCAGCCAACAUAGAAGACCAAAGCAUGUUUACAUGCCUAGCAGAGUCUCACGGCCUAUGACCCAUGUCAUGGGUGCGAUAAGAUAGUUCAUACGUUGAUUUCCUUGCAUCUAUUGUACUCGUCUGUUUGAAGCCGAAGCAUACACACGGGGCUGUACAUUUCGAUUUAUACACAUUUUAAGUAGGCAUU